UACAACUACAAGCAUAACCACAUGAACAGAACAAAGCCAUCACAUCACUCACUGCUAACUCACCAAAAACAUGUCUAAUACCUUCGUUUAACUAACUUUAACCCACAAUAUUAUCCACUCACCAGAAAAUUCUGAAAAUGACCAAGUGCUUUAGCUUCACUGAAGCCAAGAACUGGUGCUUGAGGUCAACUUUCACCAGGUCCGGCCUUCGAUCCACACUCACUGACCUCAGUGACGGCACUGUCAUGCACUGUUGGGUCCCCAAUACCCGGAAUGACUCAAAACCGGAUCUUCUCUUGAUCCAUGGACUGGGUGCCAACGCAUUAUGGCAGUGGGCUGACGUCAUCCCUCAAUUGAUCCACUACUUCAAUGUGUAUGUCCCAGACUUGGUGUUUUUUGGUGAGUCCUACACCAGUCGGCCUGAACGUACGGACUCGUUCCAAGCUGAGUGUAUUAUGAAAGUGAUGGAGGCGAACACGGUGAAGAAACUGAGUCUGGUGGGGCUUAGUUAUGGUGGGUUUGUUGGAUACAGUAUGGCUGUACAGUUUAAGGAAAAUAUAGAGAGGGUGGUGAUAUGUAGCUCUGGGGUGUGUUUAGAAGAGAAAGACUUGAGAGAGGGGAUGUUUAAGGUCUCAGAUUUGGAGGAGGCUUCAAGUAUUUUAGUCCCACAAUCGCGUGAAAAGCUUAAAAAGUUGCUGGGCUUUAGUCUUUAUAAGCCGCCACCAACGUGGUUGAUACCUUCUUGCCUGCUUGACGAUUUCAUUGAUGCAAUGUGUAGAGAGUAUGUAGAAGAGAAGAGGGACUUGAUCCGAGCCAUACCCAAAGACCGAAAAAUCUCCAAUAUUUCCAAGAUUACUCAGCCCACUUUGAUUCUCUGGGGAGAAUGUGAUCAAAUAUUUCCAUUAGAACUGGGGUACAGACUAAAAAGGCAUUUGGGUGACAAUGCUGAGCUAGUAGUAAUCCCGAAUGCUGGGCAUGCCUUAAAUAUUGAGAAGCCCAAAGAGUACUACAGGCACUUAAAGUCUUUCUUGGUUGAUUUGCAGCCUACUUCAAUAUCCCUUCCUUCUCAGCACCAAAAGCACAAAUGAUCUACUUCAAACUCAGCUAUUGAGACAAUGGCGAAUACUUUUUGUGUGUUUGCACGUCUCAAGCUUAAUCUAAGGGGCAGGGGAAGUCAAAACCAGCAAUUAGACACGUCAAUGAUGCUUCUACUGACUGCUGCAAUUUUUUAAGCCAAACAUUUGGUUCUCCACACCAUGAAUUGUAAGUUAGGACCACCAAGGCACUAAUUUUCACUUCAUUGUCACUGAUCCUAUCCUCCCAACAGAUCCAACAAAUGAAUUUAAGCCAUUUCUUGUUACACUUACGUGCAAGUUAUGUGAGCAUGUUAUUUCUAAGGUUCAAAUCAAAUCAAUAUUCUGUAAGACUGGGCAACUGUCCACAGUGCCCAAAAGAUGAAGACCUGCUUGCCAGUCGUGAUAUAUCAAAUACAAAGUUUUCAUG